UGUUUGUGUGCGGAACUUUAAAGCGUUUAUGUGACAGUAGAACGUGGGUGGGUCGUUUCUGAUUCAGUGUUUUUCAAUUAUCUUAUUACUAUCUUUGUUUAAUAUCUCUGACAAUUUCUUCUGUACAGUCUGUGCGAUUUAUUUGUUUGUGAAAUUGUUUUCUAUCAGUAAAACUUUUGUUAUAAAAUCCGUAAAAAAGUGUAAGGUAUCCUUGUAGAUUGUUCUUUAAAACAUUCUAGUUUACAAAAAAUUGUAAUUUUUUAAAAUUAAAAUAUUAUCCGCAAUUAAAUAAUAUGGAAAUAUUAGUCAAAUUUUUAAAAAAAGAUUUGAAAAUUUUUAAUUUACUUUAAUUAACAAUAAAUUAUAUAUAUGGCCUCGUUAUCCUUACCAAAAGUAUUGACUCAGAGGAAAACAAACUUAGACUUGGAACGUGAACAAUUCCAAAAAUUUCAGCUGUUUUGAAAAAUACUUAUCCUGAAUAUCUGUUUUAUGAAAUUAGCUCCACAUAUAGUAUAUGUUGUCAACAUAACUUUUGUGAAGUACCUUCGUAAAGUGCAUUUAUAUGGAUGAGAAAAGAAUUGAUGGAAAAUGACACAUUUUUCAAGCUGAUUAUUGUAACACUGUAUUAUUAUUUUUAUUGUAAUAAUUUUACAUCACUAACAUGCCGCCUAUACUUCCAUUAAAUGACAAACAGAUUCAUCAAUUGAGUGUUAGCAUUGCGAAAGCAGUACAUCCGACUGAAACUCCUGUUAAAGUUAAACAUGUCCGCAGUGCGAUUAUUGGCACGUAUCAAGAAAAAAGUGGGGCACUAUUUUGGAUGUUUAUAUUACGACAGCCACUUCAAGAAAAUCGUAUUGUCGCUUGGAAAUUUUGUCACGUAUUGCACAAAGUUUUACGUGAAGGCCAUCAACAAGUUAUUCCCGAUUCUCAGCCUCACCGUGGCAGAUUAGAGGAUUUAGGAAAAUUAUGGCAACAUUUAAAAGACGGAUAUGGUCGUUUGAUACUUUUAUAUAUUCGAUUGCUUAUUACAAAAUUAGAUUUUCACAGACGCAAUCCUAGAUUACCUGGGAAUCUGCAAGUAUCUGCAGAAGAAUUGGAAGCUAUUGGCGAAAACGAUAUAAAUGUUUACUUUCAAAUGUCGGUGGAAAUGUUUGAUUACAUGGAUGAUAUACUGAAUUUCCAGCAAGCAGUUUUUGGUUCUCUGGAUUUAUCGCGAUCAAAUUCAAUGACUCCUUGUGGACAAUGUCGCCUUGCGCCUCUAAUUCCUUGUGUUCAAGAUGCUUCUCAAUUGUAUGAUUAUUGUGUAAAAAUUUUAUUUAAACUCCAUAAUGCAUUACCGGCUGAUACUUUGGAGGGCCAUCGUGAUCGAUUCUCGAAACAAUUUCAUGAAUUAAAAAAUUUUUAUAAUACCAUCAAGCACAUGCAAUAUUUUAAACAUUUAAUUUCAAUACCAUCUUUGCCGGAGAAUCCGCCGAAUUUUUUGAUACAAGCCGAAUUUCGCACGUAUAUCACGCCUGUAGUUGUAUUACCACCUGAGGAACAUUUAGAUGCUGAAACGGCUGUUGACAGUUUAAUCGACACGUCAGAUACAAGUUCCUUGCCAGGGGAUCAAAUUGAUUCUACUAUAAAUGGCUCGAUUUCUCCGGAUGCAUUAGCAGAAAGAGACAGUCUCAUUGAUCAUCUUCAUCAAGAAAAUGGAAGACAAAGGCAAGAGUUGCAACGACUGCUCAAUGAACAUCAACAUAUUGUUUGUGAACUUAAAAAUCGGAUUUUAGAACUUGAAUCAGGACUUUCUACUAAAGGUAAUGAAAUCAUUCAGGAAAAGCAAUUAACUCAAGAUUUACUGAAACAAAAGUCAGAAAUAAUGACGAAAUUCCAAGAAUGUGAAGAAAAGAGUAAAAGUAUAAAUGAGAAAUUUCAAAAACUGAAAGAAGUAUAUUCAAAAUUACGAGAAGAACACAUAUGUCUUAUACGAAAGAAAGCAGAAGUAGAUAAACAAUUAGGCAGUAUGAAAAUAAUGCAAGAACAAUCGGACAGACGUACAAUUGAGGCAGAGCAAAGAUUGCAAGAAUUAAUUCAGGGUCAAGCAACUGCCGAUCAGGAAGCACAAAGAGUUGCCCAAGCACGCGCCGAUUUAGAUGAAGUGAGAAAAAAAUUCGAUGAUGUUCAAACUGAAAAUUUGGCUCUGAAUGCAAAAAUUGGCUUUAUAACAUCCGAAAAAGCAGCAUUGGAAGGCGAUCUCCAUGAUUUACUUGCACAAAAGGAAGAGCUGGACGUUAGAAUAAAUAAUCUGCAGGCAGAAUCUGAACGUUCUAAUGCACAACUCAAAGCUGACGAGGAAAAUACUUUCUACGAGUUACUUUUGAAAUGUUUGUCUGAAGCGGAGACAAUGUUACAAAAUGCAAUGCACGCCAUUGAUAAUCCUGCAAUUUCUGCUGUAACAUGCACUCCAGAUUAUCUUGCAAUUCUGCUAGAUCCAACGAAAUUGUCACUGGAAAAUUUACAAACAGCUUACAGUAAUUAUAUUGAGAAUGUGAAGACAAGAGGAGAAUUGAUUAGAAAUUCCAUUCAUGCAGCUUGGGCAUUAUCUGUUUAUUUGAUUCAAGCUAAAGCUACAUCUAACACAUCUACUGAUAUAACUUUUGGUGACAGAAUUACUGAUGAAUGUAAGCAAUUAGGAUCCCAGAGUCUAAUGAUGUUUAGUUACAUUAAAGAAAUUAAGGACAAGGAGAAAGCUUUGACUACAAUUGAACAAAUAAGUAAAGUAACGGUGCAGUUGAAAAAAAUUUCUUCUUUAACAGCUUCGUUGUCAGAACAAUCGAAGAGUAAUGCAAGUGUUAUUGGAGAUUUAGUGGAAAAAGAACUUUUGACUAUGGAUAAAGCUAUUGAAGAAGCCGCUGCUAGAAUUCAAGAUAUGCUAGAUAAAUCACGUGCAGCAGAUUCCGGAGUAAAAUUGGAAGUAAAUGGAAAAAUCCUCGAUUCUUGCACGGAUUUGAUGAAGGCUAUAAGAAACUUAGUAAAAAAGUCACGUUUCUUACAAACAGAGAUCGUCGUACAAGGAAAGAGCACUUCAUCGACUACUGAAUUUUACAAAAGAAAUCAUCAGUGGUCUGAAGGUUUGAUAUCUGCAGCCAAAGCCAUAGCAAUGGGAGCCAAUUUCUUAUUAGAAGCUGCGGAUAAAGUUGUUUCUGGAAAUGGAAAAUUUGAACAAUUAGUAGUUGCAUCUCAGGGUAUUGCUGCCUCAACUGCUCAGUUAGUCGUUGCCAGUAGAGUUAAGGCUGAUAGAAAUAGUAAUAAUUUGGCUGCACUAUCAGAAGCUUCGCGUGGAGUCACUCAAGCUACUGGAAGUGUUGUUGCGACAGCAAAAAGUUGCAGUCAACUUAUUGAAGAAAAUGAUGAUUUAGAUAUUUCUGGAUUAAGUUUACAUCAAGCGAAUAGAUUAGAAAUGGAAGCACAAGUUCGCGUUUUAGAGCUUGAAAAAGCUUUAGAAAGUGAAAGAUUAAAAUUGUCUGCCUUGCGUCGCUAUCAUUAUCAAUUAGUUGGUGACAAUUAGAAAUUUUACAUAAAUUUAAUGUUCAAAAAAAGCAUUUAAAAAAGGUAAAAUUAUUUGAAAAAAUAUUCUGAAAAUAAUUAAAAUUAUUUUUCAUUUUCA